CACUCACUUCACGCCAGUUGAGUCGCGAACGAUGCGCCGGGUGGUCGUGUCCCGCGUACGCAUCGUUAUCGCUCCGAACUUCGAAAUUGUUUUACGAAAAUAUGUGAAGUUUCUAAAUUCAAAAUUGUGCAGAACUACCGUGUCGAACGUGUUUUAUUGUGAUCAGUCUAUGUAAAACGUUAUAAAUAAGUAGUUUUAAGUCAUUGAAACUUAAUAGGCUUACUCGUUUUACCUGCAUGCCUCGUCCCACGUCUGAGCGGUUACCUACCUUAUCGGAUAAACGAACAUUUUUCAAAUGGAUGUGCGUUUGAAAUCUGUGAUAGUGUGCGUGUUAUGUGUUAUAAAACUUCGUGAGAGCGUUGUAGGAGAUUGUGACAAGUUUUUACUAUAGUGACGUGCUCGGAGUAGUGAUACGAAAAAGUUGAAUUACCUCAAGUCAAGAAUGAUGUUCGUGCGCGGGAGUGAGGGGGGCAUCCUCGCCGCGUUGUUGCUCUAUUCGCUAGCGGUGGCGUCGGCGCAAUACACAAAAGCUCGGGAACACACGUCACAUCACGUAACAAGAUUAAGGCACUCCAGACAUCUAGAAGGGUACCUGCCUAUACACACAUCUUCCUUUGUACCUGCGACGGUUCCAAAAUUGGCGGUUAAGGAUAACCAUAAGCCGCUGUUCACCGAGUGCCUGAACUACAGGCCCACUGUCAAAGAGGAACAGCCUGUAGGAACCUAUGUGUUCACUGUACACGCAGAAGACCGGGAUCCCCCAGAAAUGGGUGGGACGGUCACAUACAAGUUCGUCUCCACUCCUGGUGAGAAGGAGAGGUUCCACGUUGACCCUGAGACAGGGAAAAUCACCACAGCCGAUAUAUUCGACCACGAUGAACCGUCCAGAGAAAAAGAAGCGUAUAUAACAGUUCGAGCGAGUGAUAAUGGACAGCCGCAGCUUGACGACGCAUGUACCAUCAAAAUACUGAUAGAAGACAUUAAUGAUAACCAGCCAGUGUUCGACAAAGUUUCGUAUUCGGAGUCGGUCCCCCAAGACCUGCCGAGUGGGAGGGAGGUGAUGAGGAUAUCUGCGACGGACAUCGACGAUGGCAACAAUUCGAUAGUCCAUUAUAGUCUGGACUCAAACUCUCCGGACCAGGCGUAUUUUUACAUAGAUCCCGACAACGGUGUCAUAUUUUUGAACAAAACUAUUGACAAAGCACCUGGUUACAAGUUUAAGUUAAGCGCCAUAGUAAAGGAUAUGGGCACCCCACCGCAACAAAGUUCUAUAACUUUAGACAUCCAAGUCGUAGAGUCCAAUAAGAAGAGCCCAUCAUUCAUUGAAGUGCCGGGCGAACCAAUCAGAUUAAAGGAAAAUUACUCGGAUUUCAAUACGCCUAUCGCUACUGUGAGAGCUGUCUCAAACAUCCCUGAAGAGAAGAAGCUCCAGUUCGAGCUGGUGCAGGGUCAGACGGAACAGACCAAUAAGUGGCACACCUUCGUGCUGGAGCCUGAAGCUGACUCCGCCUACAUCAAGCUUGGAAACCACCUGGAUUAUGAGAAGAUCACCGAUUAUACCCUUACUGUUCGGAUACAGAACAAUUACAAAUUGGCAGCAGAAACGAUAAUUCAAAUAGAAGUUGAAGAUGUUAACGACAAUAUACCAAUAUUCAGUGAAAUAAGAUCAGGUAGUGUACUAGAAAACGAGAACCCAGGCACACCAGUGAUGCAGGUCCGAGCCUUUGACGCAGAUGGAACAUCAGCCAACAACCAGAUCACAUACGAAUUGGGUGAUCCAAGCGACCCGUUCGCAAUAGACAGCAUUACUGGAAACAUUACCACAUUGAAGAUGUUCGAUAGAGAAGAGAGGAGUUUUUAUAACAUUAAGAUUAUAGCGACUGAUAAUUCUGAGUCUGCACUGAUACCUGGCAAGCAUAAUGCCGGUCAGCAAGUGUUCCUGAUAGAGAUAGCUGAUAAGAACGAUAAUCCUCCACAUUUUACUCAAGACACUUACGUCGCUGAGUCUAUUGCUGAGAAUGCUAAUAUUAAUGAGCUGGUUACCGUUGUCAGCGCUUUGGAUAUUGAUACAGCAUCCGUGGUAACAUACAGCAUCGUCGCCGGGAAUACAUACGACGCUUUCGUCAUCCGAAACUUCACUGGAGAAAUACGAGUUAACAAUGAACUGGAUUAUGAGAAUAUCACGAGCUAUAGCCUGGACGUCAGGGCUUUCGACGGCAUCUACGAAGAUUAUGCCAAAGUCAUCAUUAACAUUGAGAACUUGAACGACAACCCGCCUGUGUUCUUGGCUAAUUAUACUAAGACUAUUGAAGAGGAGAAACUGUAUGAAGGGUGUAUUGUGAAGGUGGAAGCUUACGACCCUGACAUCAAAGACAGGAAUGCUCCUCAAAACAUCGUCUAUUCCCUGGUUAAGCACGAACAGAAAGAGUUUCUCCAAAUUGACAACGACGGUUGCCUUCGCCUCACCAAGCCUUUAGACCGCGAUCAGCCGCUAGGUUUCACAAGAUGGCAGAUUUUAAUCAUGGCCGCCGAUCAUGGCGGGAGAUUGGGUUCUGACAGCCUGAGGUCAACGACCGAAGUCAUUUUGGAACUCACGGACAUCAACGAUAAUGCACCGUUUUUGACUAAUACCCAGCCCGUUAUUUGGUACGAGAACGAGCCUCCGGGCCAGGUUGUGAUCCUGACUGCGAAAGAUUACGACUCAGCAGAAAAUGGCCCGCCUUUCACCUUCGCCCUAAACGAAUCCGCGUCAUUUGAUAUUCGCUCCAAAUUCCAUAUACAAGGCAACAUCCUAUCAACACUCGUCUCUUUCGACCGUGAACAGCGCAAAGAAUACAAGAUCCCAGUGGCCAUCACUGACUCCGGUACUCCUCGACUGACGGGCGUCUCCAUCCUUCAUGUGGUGAUCGGAGACAAGAACGAUAACCCCAUGGCACCAGGACACAGCGACAUCUUUGUUUACAAUUACAAGCCGGAAACGUACUUCAAUGAGAUUUUGUACAGUUGGCGGUAUUAUGGUGAAGCUCCUGAUACAGAAAUUGGACGAGUAUACGUCGAUGACCCUGAUGAUUGGGACUUGGCUGACAAGAGGUUUAUGUGGCUACCGUCCUACGAACAGAGGAGUCCAUAUUUCGACAUCCAUAGCAACACUGGCAUGAUCACGAUGAAGGAGGGAACGCCUAACGGCACUUAUUUGUUGAGGUUUAAUGUAACUGAAGAAAACGAACCACUGGUACCGUUCCACUGGGUAGAAGCCACUGUGAAUGUAACCAUCAAAGAGAUACCUGAGGAGGCGGUGGACAAGUCAGGGUCCAUUCGAUUUGUGAACAUCACCGCGGAAGACUUCAUUGUUCCUGAACCUGAUGGCACGAGUAAGAAGGACAAGUUACACCGUCGUUUAGCACAACUGUACAACACGUCUAUGGACAAUGUGGAUGUUUUCACCGUGUUCACUAAGAAUACUGUGAAAGAUGUUUUCUUGGAUGUCCGGUUCUCCGCACAUGGAUCCCCGUAUUAUCCGCCCGAGAAAUUGGACAGCAUGGUCAUUGGGAUACAAGAAAAGCUUGAAGAAGAGCUCCAAUCGAAGAUCUACAUGGUGAAGAUAGACGAGUGCUUGAUAGAGAAGGAGCAAUGUGAGGACUCCUGUCGCAAUGUGCUGAUGAAGAACAAUGUCCCUCUGUCUGUAUACACCAACACCACCAGUUUUGUGGGUGUGUCUGCCAGGGUGGAGUCUGAAUGCACCUGUGAUGUUGUGGAACCUCUCGUGUGUUUGAAUGGAGGUACUCCAUUUGCGGACAAGUGCGAGUGUCCCGAAGGUCUAUCAGGGCCUCACUGUGAGCAAACCUCAAUCGGUUUCCAUGGCGACGGCUGGGCCAUGUACUCGUCUCCGCCAGCCUGCCAGGAAGGUCACGUGACCUUGACCGUGACCUCACACUCCAGCAACAGUCUUGUCUUCUACUUGGGACCUUUGAAGCAUAAUCCGCUGUUGGAAGUCCAAGAUUUCAUGUCCCUGGAGCUGGUGGAAGGUUUCCCAGUACUCCUGGUGAACUAUGGAUCUGGCACGACCAGACUAAACAACAGUGUAGUCCACGUGGCUGAUGGAAAGCCUCAUUUGAUCGAAAUAGUUCUCAUGAGAAGUUCUAUCGAAAUGUUCGUGGAUAGAUGUAAAUUGUCCACUUGUAUGAGCCUCGCUGCUCCUACUGGUCCAAGAGAGAUUUUAAAUGUAAACGGUCCACUGCAGCUUGGAGGCGCCAGUAUAGAUCUCCAACACUUAGCUAGAACGUUCGGCUGGAAACACGUGCCAACUAAUCAAAAUUUCGUAGGAUGCAUCAGUAACUUCACAUAUAACGACUUUAUGUACAACUUAGGAGAGCCGUCGUUACACCGUAACGCGGACCCCAGUUGCCAGCGCAGCAUGUUCACUGCUGUCACCUUUGGCAUCGACACCAACUUCCUAGUGGCCAUACUUGUGUGCAUCGUCAUAUUAGCAAUUCUCCUCCUAGCAGUGGUAGUACACCGCAGACGAGCUGAUGCCUGGGCAGAGAAGGAGCUAGAUGACAUUAGAGAGAACAUCAUUGCUUACGAGGAUGAGGGUGGCGGCGAGGGAGAUGCUGGAUACGACCUGCAUGUCCUCAGGCAGAUGUAUGACGGUCCACUGCCUGAUACUGACACCUUCAUGCAGAGUAGAGGUAUGGUAGGCGCAGCGCCAGAUAUCUCAGGGUUCCUGGACGACAAGAAGUCAGUCCUGGACCGGGACCCAGACAUCACACCGUACGAUGACGUCAGACACUACGCGUACGAGGGAGACGGGAAUACUAGUGGUUCUCUCUCUUCUUUAGCGAGCUGUACUGACGACGGCGACCUCAAAUUCAACUACCUACAAACAUUCGGUCCUCGGUUCCGCAAAUUGGCGGACAUGUACGGAGAUGAGGACGAGGACCGGCCGCACGAGGAAUCUUGGUGCUAGCGCCACGCUUGGCUCGUGUAGCCUCCUGACUGUCCAGGCCAUGCGCCAAGUGCAGGUGGUCCACCAAGGACCACCAAGCUCCAUGAUGCCUUACCGCUUAACAGCGUUUGAUUUAAAAAAGGUACUUGCGUUGCCAGUGACAAUUAUUAUAAACUCCCCACCGGAUAACCCCUUUCAAUUGAAAUUGACAUUUUAAAUUUGAAUUUAGAACCAUGAUUGUGAUAUUGUGACCUCUUUUGACGGUUCGCUUUGGGAUUGAAUGAAGUUUGGCGGUUGAUUCCUUUUUUUUAUCUGUGACGGAAUAAUAUUGUACAAUAUUUUUGACAGAUGGAGUGACAUUUGUGUUUUUUUUCUGUUUUUCUAUUCUGUUUAGUGCUAAAACUAUUGUUUCAAUUGUUUUUUAUUUAUGUCGUAUGUUUGUAAUGUAAUUUAUAGGAAACACGGCCUAAUUCUGUUACAGGUAACUUCUUAUUUUCAUUAGAUCACAUUACAAAUUACUAAUGAAUUAAUGUCUCUUACGUACCCUGCGAUUAUACUGUAAAGUCUAUUUAUAUUUAUGUUUGGCAUCACAAUUUACUCAACUUGAUUUUCUAUUAAACAUAAUUGGAGCCAAUCCCUAAGCUACAAUAUGUAACAAUAAAAAAAUGUGUCAAAUACAAAUUGUGAAUUAACAGCAGUAUUACAUUAAAAAUACGAGAAUUACAUUUCAAAAAGUGGGUUCAUUUGAAAACUGAUUAAUAUACAAACAAAGUGAUAAUCUUAAAUGGUGGAAUGUUCUUAGUAAAUUGCGUUUUAAGGUAAUAAUAUGUAUUCAAUUAUAAUUGUAUUCAAAUAAAUCACAUUAAAGAAAUGUUUUUAAGAAAAUGACUGAUGUAACGUUUAGGCAUUGUUGUAGAUACGCCUAAAUUAUUUCGACUAUGUAAUUUUUAUAUUGUAAAAUGUUUAGGACAGAAAUUGAGUGAUGUAUGACUUCAAUUUAAGACUUUUAUACGUAUUAUUCAUUUAGUUUUUUAAUAGUUCGGCCUUAGACAUUAGUUAGCGGUACUGGUUGGGAUGGCCACACGCCUUGAUAGUCGCCUCGCCUCUUUGGCAGCUGGUUUCAUUCAGUAAAUUACUUAAAAAGAAAAUUUUAAAUAAUUUAUUCAAUGAAAAAUUUAUAAAGCUUUCUCUGAUUGUGACAUUUAGAUGAUUAUUAACAGUGAAGUUAGUCAAAUAUCAACCAAUCUGAACAUAGGUAUAAUUUCGAAUUAUUCGAAAUUUGAAAACGGUUGAGGCUUGGCUUGACGGGCAAUUCCUACCUUGUAAUAUUGAAGAUGGAACGUUAGUGCCAUUUUUUUCUUAUUUUUAUUAUAAUAAGCCAUACACACAGAUGUAAUAAUGUUUCAAAGCAUUUUGUAACUAUUUAUCAAAAAGGGCCUACAUAUUGACUAGUGAUUUACACAAAUUUUGUUAUGCGACAGCAACUAAUAUGUGUGAUUCUUUAUACUUUUGUGUACGGUGCAAAUUUUUGUACCUUUAAUUCUAAUGAACGUGUAAUGUUUCAAAUAAAUAUAAGUUCGUCUUAAUUGGAAUAUACUAGAUUAUAUAUUAUUAAAAAAAAACGUGUAAAUAUGUACAGUGACGGAUAAACAUUGUGUGAAAACUUAAUAUUCAGUAAAUUAACUUUUAUAUGGUUAAUGUUAGGUGAAUAUACAAGGUGUCUUAUCAUUAUGCAUAUCAACGAAUUGUAAUAUUAAAAUUAUUCCCUAAUCGAACCCGUUGUUUGGACAAAGUUUUCAAUGUGACAUAUGCCUAUGUGUAAUAUCCAUACUAUUGUAAUAAAUAUCCUUAGCAUAUAACUAAAUAUAGCUACGAAUAAAUAAUCCUUUAUUUAUUUCGGACCAAUAAAAACUUCUAGCCAUUUGUAUCCGCAAAAUUUUUAGUUGAAUACCUACUAGUCUGGAAAAAAUUCAUCGCAAACAAUUCGAGCUAUAUACCUAUGUAGCUUUUUUUAUUAUUUUUUUAAUUUAGCACGAUGGAAAUAAUAUUCCGUUUUGUACGUGAAAAUGAACAAAUUUUUUAUUGGAAAUAGUUGCAUUAAAAUAUUCUAUUUAGACGAAUUCUUAUGUUUUUUGUCUGUGUCCAUAGAUUUAAUGAUUUAGUCGUUUCGUUCGCUUAAUUAAAACCUUUUUUUUGUUAUUGAUGUUGUUUUGUAAUUAGUUUUUAAGUAGGCACAGAUUAAAAAUAGUACUGUCAUGUACUUUGAUUUAGGUUUAUUUUUUUAUAAUUUUGAUACCGAUCCUAUGAGCUGUUUACGUAUUUAAUUUCGUAUUUUAUUUUUAUGCUGCCGUACGUAUGUGAAAAUAAAUGUUAAUUCUUCCCUUUAUUUUGAGUUUGUAAUUUUUUAUUUGAAACGUGGCUAAAAAACCUUUUCAGAUUUGAAAGUUUUUCAUGGUAGAAAAAAUUUAUAGUAUAAAAAAUGCCACAAAUAACAAAUAUUUGUUUUGGCGAACCCUGUUCAAAGUUUCAAACGUAUAUGAUUUUUACUAUUCCCAGAACGUAAAAAACAGAUAUAGUGCUUUGUAAUAGGUUAUUUUUUUGAUGAUUUUUCCUAGUUAACAUUUGAGGAUUAUUGUGUUUUGAUACUUGUCGAGUAUCGAAACACAUUGCUCCUCAAAAACCAUAAAAUAGUUAAGGAACAAUGUAAAAAGUAACUUUGAUGACAUUCCAAUAUACAUACGUUAUUAAAAAUGUAAUAUUAAUGAUCAAUUACUCGUACUUAGGCAUUGUCGGUGGACAUUUUUCGAAAUUGUAAAAAAUAAUUUUCAAAAAUGGCCACCCACAAAUAAAACACUGCCAUAUAUAAAAAUGUAAGUAUAAGAACGCUUUUAAAAUCUUUUUUUUUAUUUAUUGACUUGAAUACGAGGUUAAUUUUAAUGUCAACUUUAAGGGAUUAAGUGCCUUCUGUUCUUAUGAACAUUUUAAUAUUUUAAAACCUACUUUUUUUUCAAUUUCAUUCAUCAUACCUCUCAUAGGUAACUGUGCAGUAGAUUUUCGUUUAAUUAGUCACUUGUAUUCAUGAAUUAUGUGAGAAUAAACAUUUAAGUUUCUUUUUAUAGUAAUAUUUUUAUUUUGACAUUUUUCUAAUAGAAAAAAAAACUUUAUAUCUUCAACAUUUAUUUUAAAAGAUUAAUUCAUUUAUUUCCAAGUGACUAAAAAAAGUUGGGUGUGCAUUCGACGCGGCUCAAAAGCCUUGAAUCUACACCGAUCUUCACAAUAUGGCGUUUUACUUUUUAAGCGCGUGAUAAUCUUGUAACUGCGAUAAAUAUCGUUUUUAUAAGUUAAUUGUAUGAUAGAUCGACCAUAUAAGUUUAUGUACCUAAGUGAAGAGUAUGUGUACCUAAUUGUCAAACUUAAGAUGGAUGUUUUACGGUAAAGCAGAGAGCGACUGAUGAUUGUCAUAUUACUAUAGGAUAGCUUGGACUUUGUUACAUAGACAUAAGUAUUCAAGGUCGAUAUUGGAAUAAACGAAAUGAAAUAGA